AUAAGAAGAAGAAGGGGCCAGAGCUCUCUUUUCCACCAGAGCAAUUCCUUCUGAAGAAGAACUGAGAGCUGACUGAAUGGCUUCUGCACAACAAAAGAUAGAGAAACCAUGCAGAGGACAUCAGAAGAGAUGGAAACACGAUCUGUUCCCUCAAGCAAUAAAAAUGGCCAGAGGAUCAGUGUCCGACGAAGAAAUGAUGGAGCUCAGAGAGGCUUUUGCCAAAGUUGAUACCGACGGUAACGGGUACAUCAGCUGCAAUGAGCUGAAUGACUUGUUCAAGGCUGCUUGCUUGCCUCUGCCUGGGUACAGAGUGAGAGAAAUCACAGAAAACCUAAUGGCUACAGGUGACCUAGACCAGGAUGGGAGGAUCAGCUUUGAUGAGUUCAUCAAGGUUUUUCAUGGCCUAAAAAGCACAGAGGUUGCCAAGACCUUUAGAAAGGCGAUCAACAAGAAGGAAGGGAUCUGUGCAAUUGGUGGCACGUCGGAGCAGUCUAGUGUCGGCACCCAGCACUCCUAUUCAGAGGAAGAGAAGUACGCCUUCGUCAACUGGAUCAACAAAGCCCUGGAGAACGACCCCGACUGUCGGCAUGUUAUUCCGAUGAAUCCGAACACAAAUGAUCUCUUCAGUGCCGUUGGGGAUGGCAUUGUCCUUUGUAAAAUGAUCAACCUGUCAGUGCCAGACACAAUUGAUGAAAGGACAAUCAACAAAAAGAAACUCACCCCCUUCACCAUUCAGGAGAAUUUGAACCUGGCUCUGAAUUCCGCCUCAGCCAUUGGAUGCCAUGUGGUUAACAUCGGGGCUGAGGACUUAAAGGAGGGGAAGCCUUACCUGGUCCUGGGACUUUUGUGGCAAGUCAUCAAGAUUGGAUUGUUUGCUGACAUCGAACUCAGUAGAAAUGAAGCCCUGAUUGCUCUUUUGAGAGAAGGGGAGAGUCUGGAGGACUUGAUGAAGCUGUCCCCCGAGGAGCUACUGCUGAGGUGGGCUAAUUACCACCUGGAGAACGCAGGCUGCGGCAAAAUCAGCAACUUCAGCACCGACAUCAAGGACUCAAAAGCUUAUUACCACCUGCUUGAGCAGGUAGCUCCAAAAGGAGAUGAAGAAGGUAUCCCUGCGGUUGUUAUCGACAUGUCAGGACUAAGGGAGAAGGAUGACAUCCAGAGAGCAGAAUGCAUGCUGCAGCAGGCAGAGAGGCUGGGCUGCCGGCAGUUUGUCACAGCCACAGAUGUCGUCCGAGGGAACCCCAAGUUGAACUUGGCUUUCAUUGCCAACCUCUUUAACAGAUACCCUGCCCUGCACAAACCCGAAAACCAGGACAUCGACUGGGGGGCUCUUGAAGGUGAGACGAGAGAAGAGCGGACAUUUAGGAACUGGAUGAACUCCUUGGGCGUUAACCCUCGAGUCAAUCACUUGUACAGUGACUUAUCGGAUGCCCUGGUCAUCUUCCAGCUCUAUGAAAAGAUUAAAGUCCCUGUUGAUUGGAAUAGAGUAAACAAACCACCAUACCCCAAACUGGGAGGCAACAUGAAGAAGCUUGAAAAUUGUAACUAUGCGGUGGAACUGGGGAAGAAUCAAGCUAAGUUCUCCCUGGUUGGCAUCGGGGGACAAGAUCUCAACGAAGGAAACCGCACUCUAACAUUAGCCUUGAUUUGGCAGUUAAUGAGAAGGUACACGCUGAAUAUUCUUGAAGAAAUUGGAGGUGGGCAGAAGGUCAAUGAUGACAUUAUUGUCAACUGGGUGAAUGAAACAUUGAAGGAAGCGGCGAAAAGUUCAUCCAUCUCUAGUUUCAAGGACCCAAAGAUUAGCACAAGUCUGCCUGUUCUGGAUCUCAUUGAUGCCAUUCAACCAGGUUCCAUCAACUAUGACCUUCUGAAGACGGAAAACCUGAAUGAUGAAGAGAAACUCAACAAUGCCAAAUAUGCCAUCUCUAUGGCCCGAAAAAUUGGCGCCAGAGUGUAUGCUCUUCCAGAAGAUCUGGUCGAAGUGAACCCCAAAAUGGUCAUGACGGUGUUUGCUUGCCUCAUGGGGAAAGGAAUGAAGAGAGUGUAGAUCCCAGUGGGGAGGCCACAUGCACUUUCCUGAUUGCUCAACAUGGGGUACCUACAGGAAGCAUGGGGACGAGUCAAAGCCAUUCCAAAGUGUUCAACUUGGUGACGUUAUCCAGGAUUCCAGAAAGUGUAUGUUUGUUCAGCCAGGUUACUUCUCCUGUAUUUAACAAAAAUGCUUCAUUCUUUGCAAACAAAAAAACAAAAUCCAAUCUCUUACAAAUCUUUUUUAUUGUUGAAUUUAUUGCUGCCUUGAAAAUCUAGAGAAGAAAAAAACUUAUCUUCCAGGCACCCUUCCUGCUUUUGCCAUUAGUCAAGUAUAGAAGCUGCACUGUUAUUAAUAAUAUUUCAAACUGGCUUAAUUUGGCUGCCUUUUUUGUUCAAGGUGAGAGCCAGGAGAGGGGAAAUCAUCCAACCAGUCCUAAAGCCUAUUUCUGGCAGCCAGCAUUUGAUCUGUUACAAGCCUCUCCUUCUGUUCCCCGUCCCCUAUACUCUGCCUCCCGUAGCUCUGCUCUACAUGCUCUCAGAACUGUGCCUUCUUCUGUGGCCCACCUCUGCUGCCCAUUCUUGUAUCUGGGCCCUUUGGAGCAUCUAACAGAUCAGUCAGGCUGUUGGGGUCCCAACAGUCUGGUGAUUUGCAGAAGUAGGAUAUCAUCAGAGCCUCUCCUCAGAACUAGUGUCCCAAAUGUCAUCAGUUGUGGUUUUAUUGGCCAACAGGAAGCCUCUGUUUUUUAACUCUAGGAUUUGGGUUGAGACCUGGUCUAACAUCUUGCAUACGAUGUCCUCAGAUUCUUAACUGGGCAGCUUACAUCCAAGGAGGGUGUAAUUGAGCAUUGUACCACCAGGGGACAGUGUGGAGCUGCAGCAAAGCAUCCAGCCUUCCGGGUGCUGGCUCUCCAUGCAUUUAGCCCUGCCUGUUCUCCUUGUUGUGGUCUGGCUAACUUAUCUGGUGACUGGAAGCAAUUCGGCUCUGCUUUCAUUUGCUGUUAGAUCUUAGUACAUCUGAGUGCUGCAAGGCCAUAUUAUCAAUGUUUACUUUUUUGGUAGUAUAGAAGCUUUUUGCCACCCCCGCAAGCUCAAGGGGGCAAUAUGUGCCAAUGAAAAGCGCGCCCCCAUCCCACCCCUUAUCCCUCCCCACAAUACACAGUCAUAUCCAUAUGACAUUUAAAGAAUUUUGAAACAAAACCAGAGGAGCAGUGUGAAUCUGAACCGCCCUAAUAGAUGAUACAAUUUCCGUGAAAACCUACCGAAGGCUAGGAAGCGACAGAGCACUGUGAACCAACACUAGACUCCCUCCGUCCCGGUAAAAGGGCUCAUCCACGAGGUAUCCUCUUCAGGAAUGGCAUGUAAUGGAACUUAGCCAUUUUGCAAAGCAAUUGAAAUGCCUCGCCCUGGAUCUGUUCCUCCGCAGCACGUUCGAGAAGCCAAUCUGUGGCCUCUCCUAGCCCGUAAUCUGUAUUUCUGCUGCAUCUGAAUACAAAGUGGUUGGCGUCAUCUUAGACUGAACUUAAUGUAGCCUCAGAUCAUUCUCCCCCACCUGCCUCCAGGAAGACUGUUACUGCCUUAACGGGAAAUGAAGAUAAAAUAAUGCUCAAGAUCUCUCCAAAUAAAAUGUUCCCUUUA